AUGAGCAUACCACUGAAGAAACGGACAGACUUCAUAAAAAAAAUAGAGGUUUGGACAGUUCCCAACUUUAGUUCAUGUCUUCUUGCGGAAAGCAAACUUGAAGAUUCUCAUCCUGAAUUCAAAGCUGGGUUUGACAACAAUUUUCAUCAUGAAUUCAAAGCUGGGUUCAAUGAUAAUGACAAAUGGCUCGUUAGUGUAACCCUAAAAACCAGACCAGCUAGUCGGUUUAAAAAGUCUAUUAGUGUUAAAGUAGAUCCGGUAAAUCCUAGUGAAAUAAAACAUCCAAUUUAUGCGUCAGUGUUAGCUGUUGGCCAUUAUAAUUAUCGUUUUCAAGUGUAUUCAAAAAUACGUCAACCGGAUGUAAAUUAUGACAGUAAGGAUUAUCGUAACAGAGAGCAUAGUAUGGCAUUUGGAUUUCAUAUCGACCAGUCACCUCCAUAUGGGAGUCUUUAUUUUGUGAAUGGUACGCUGACACUGGAGAUAGAAAUUAACACCUACAGGGAUAAAGAUACAUGCUUUCCUACUCAUCCUCACCCAGUAGAACGUAUAGACAGUCGUGUACCUGACUCACUCUUGGAAUUGUACCAAACCAGGAAUGAUAAUGGUGAUGUUAUUAUAAAAGUUCAGAAUAAUGAAUUUAAAAUUCAUAAAAAUGUAUUGGAGACUCGAUGUCCUGUACUAAAUGAACUGAUUGGCGACAGUAAUCUACUAGCUCUUGAGGAUAUUAACCCUAAAGUAUUUGAGAUGGUAGUAGAAUAUCUCUAUACAGGAUACGUCCUUAAUACUAAUGAUCAACUUGUUGACAAUGCUGAAUGCUUAUUAGAAGCUGGCCAUCGAUUUAAAUUAGAAUCUCUAAAAAAUAUCUGCAUAAGACCUUUGACUGAGUAUUACAUCGUAAAAGAUAAUUUAGUCGAUGCUAAAAUUUUAGCAAUUCGCUGCAAAUCGGUAGCUUUGAGUUUGUACCUUUGGGAUUUACACGUAUUUAAUUCUAAACAUAAAUUUCGAUACUCGAAGGAAAACAUGCCGUCUGACUAUGAACUAUGGAGAAGGGGCACAAUUCUAGGGGGACAUCUUAUGUAUCUGGGGGAGGAAGUAAAGAAACGAGGUUUUGAUCCGCAGGAUUUAUUAGAAGAAAAAUAA